AUGACCAGCAAGGUCAAAUGGGCACGUAAACCUGUUAUGAACCAAUGGGCUGUAACGGUAGCCGGGCGGACUACACCAGCCAGAUCGGACGAGACUCUCCCUGCUCGAGAACAUUACCAGCAGUAUAUGUUCAAUCCGGAAAAAUAUGCUGCGGCUACCGUUGCUCGGCUCCGUUCACUGUGUGAAGCGCAGGACACACGCUCCACGGGUACCCGGCUUCGGGAUGAAAGUGUUAAUGCGAAAGAUCGAUUGCGACUCCAGUCGACCAUUCAGCUGCAAGUCGAAGGAGAGCUAUCAUUCUCAUUGGCUGGGCAAGGAGCAAUCCCAUCCAGUCGACAGCAUACCCAGGCACUGAAGGAAGACAUACUGCUGGCGGCCGAAGGGUUGAAGGUGAAUCUACAGGCACUGCACACCAUGCUCAGUCAGGCGAAGACAAUCGGGUACAACACGGUUCAGAAGUCGAUUAACAUUCGCUUUUUUCAGCGAGCUACGGCGACUAAAUUUCAGAACACACUCGUGCCGUUUCGUCGGAAAAUCUACCGCCUCCACAAUCGGCACGCACCCACUUCUGGUUCAGUGUGGGAUCGCCAAGUCGGAGCCGAUGGUACUCGCCUCACGAUGCAGACUGAGUAUGUUAUUCGACUCUACAAUGUUACGCGCUACAUGGACAUUGGACGCUUUACAGCAUUCUUGACGGCCCACAUAAGUCCUGAAUUUGAUCUGGAACCUUUGGACACGUGCACACCGGACUCUAGGACAUCAACGGUGUGGCGACUGACGAUCCAAUUAGCAGGCUGCCCCGAUUUUCUUCGUGAUGUGGCCAUACUAUGGCAAGGUGUGGAUUUUCGACGGAGCAGCUGCGUGGCCCCGGCAGUAUUGUGGCUUCCGAGGAAGAGGCGUCGCAGCUGGAGGAUCUGGCUGGUCCUUUGGUCCUUCCGUAGCUUUGCCGAGAUACGCGACAUCGCGGCCCAGCGUAUACGCCUUCAAGACCAAGCAGAUACGGUCUCUGCACAGGCAGUCCAUCCCCCUUCUAUUGAGGUGCCCACGCUUGCCGUGGACCGCGUCAACUCCGACGGCCGUGAUGGUCGUAUCGUGGCGGCGUCCGGAAUUGGUGGUCUUUCAACCGCCCAACCUGACCAGUCUGGACAAACACCACUUGCGCAGCCCAAACCUAAGCCUAGGCCACAAUGGGUGACAGUCUCUAUUUCUCAGGGACGGAAGGCAUUAAGUGCUACGAAGACAUCAUCUAGCCGGCGUGCAUUUUUGUCAUCGCGGUAUGCCGUACUGGCCGACCAACAUGAGGUCGACGUCGAAGAGGACGAGGCGGUUGUUUCUGCACCUUUUUCUGCUCUCGAAGAACCGGAUACGAGCGGUGCAGGAGCGCUCGCGGCCGUACGACACUCUGACAAAGCCACGGAUUCUACGGUCCAGCUUCGGCUGAUAAAGGAAACACCACCGAAGCUUCCACUGACGCCUCAAUUAGUGGCGCUAAAACAGAAGGAACGGACCGAGCUUCUCAGGAAUAUCGCUCAAGUGGAGGGUUACUGUUGA